CAACCUCCCUCACUCACUCACUCCAUGCAACUCUCUCUCUCUCUCUCUCUCUCUCUCUCUCUCUCUAGCUAGCUAGAACCUAAGAAAUAAGUAAGAAAACACGAUGGAGAUAUUGGUCAUACUAACCGCAUUGCUCCUCUCAUUCUCUCUCUACCCCCUAUACAAGCUCUUCGAUCAAUGGCGAAACCGGGGGGGCUACCUCAUCGACUACGUCAACUUCAGGCCCUCCGACGACCGCGAAAUCCCCACGGAGUUCUGCGAGUCCAUCGUCCGCCGCAACAAGCGCCUCGGCCUCGAAGAGUACCGCUUCCUCCUGAGAAUCAUCGUCAGCUCCGACAUCGGAGAGCACACCUACGGCCCCCGCAACAUCGUCGAGGGGAGGGAGGAUAGCCCGACCCACGGCGACUCCCUGCUGGAGAUGGACGAGUGCUUCUUCGGGACCCUCGAUGCUCUCUUCGCCAGGACGGGCUUCGCGCCCACGGACGUAGACGCCCUGGUCCUCAACGUGUCCAUGUUCUGCCUCGCGCCCUCGCUGUCGGCGAGGAUCGUGAACAGGUACCGGAUGAGGGAGGACGUUAAGGUGUUCAAUCUCUCUGGCAUGGGAUGCAGCGCCAGCCUGAUCUCGCAACAAGAUAUACAGCAGUACUAG